AUGAACGGAACUGUGAGUGAUCGGAGAACUAAAAUCUUGUGUACCCUCGGUCCAAGUUCAAGUGAUAUUGCCACGAUCAAAGAGAUGAUGAAAGCAGGCAUGAAUGCAGCUCGUUUGAAUUUCUCUCAUGGUGAUCACGAAAUGCAUGGAAAAACGAUCGAAACCAUCCGUAGAGCUGCCAGUGAAUUGAACAUUCCGUUUGCAAUUGUACAAGAUUUACAAGGACCAAAAAUUAGAAUUGGCAAACUUGCAAAACCCUUCAUCAUUGAAGAAGGUGAAGAGUUGAUCAUUACCACUGAUAAGAAUGUCAUUCCAACCGGUGAAGAUCAUGAACCACGCCCUCGAAAAGUCUCCACCUCCUAUCCUCUUCUCGCCAAGGACUGCCGUGUUGGAUCUCAUCUCAUGAUCGAUGAUGGCUAUUUGGAAGUUGUGGUUAUUGAAAAGAAUUCAGAAGAAACCGAAUUGAAAUGUAAAGUCAUUACGGGAGGUCUUUUGAAUCAAAAGAAGGGAAUUAAUUUGGCUGCUGCAUCUUCGGAGGAAGAAGGAGAAGAAGCCAGCAGCAUUAGUGCACCUGCUUUGACGGAGAAGGACAUUGCUGAUUUGGAAUUUGGAAUGAAAUGUGGUGAAAUAGAUUAUGUGUGUUUGAGUUUUGUUCGUUCCGCUCAAGACAUUAUCGAUGCCAGACAAUUAAUGAUGAAAUUUAGUAAUCAUUCAAAAACAGUUCCGAUUAUUGCAAAAAUUGAAAGAAUUGAGGCUAUACGAAAUAUUGAAAGUAUUAUUAAGGAAUGUGAUGGAAUUAUGGUUGCGAGAGGAGAUUUGAUGAUUGAAACUCGUUUUGAUGAAUUACCCAUUCUUCAAAAAGAUUUAAUUGAGAGAUCUUCCAAAGCAGGAAAAGUUGAUAUUACUGCCACUCAAAUGUUGCAAAGUAUGGUGGAUAACAAAAUUCCAACACGAGCCGAAGUGACUGAUGUGGCCAAUUCAAUUUUUGAUGGAACUGAUGUCACCAUGUUAAGUAAUGAAACAGCUACAGGAAAGCAUCCUGUUUUGGCAGUGAAAACCAUGAGUACCAUUGUGAGAACUGCCGAUUUGAAUUGUGAUCGAUUUGGAAGAUUGUCUGCACAUGAAAAUGAAUUUGAUAGUCUUGCUGUGGAUUCCAUUGAUAUUGCUACUUGCAUGGCUGCUGCUGCCAUUGCAAAAAAGCAUACCUCUCUCAAAUUGGUCUGUUGCAUUACUCAUAGUGGUCGAAGUGCAUUCAAUAUUUCACAAUUUCGAGUGAGUGUUCCAAUUAUUGCACUCACAGACCAAAAUGGAACUUACAAUCGUUUGAGUUUGGGUUGGGGAAUUACACCUGUCUUGAUUAAGAAACCAAUUUCCGAGUAUUUGAGUAGUGAGGAAUUGUGUGCUCAAUAUUUGAAGGAAAAUGGUUUUGCACAAAGUGGAGAUUUGAUUGUGAUGGUAUUGGGUGCUGAGACUAUUAAUCACCAAGCUCAUACAGUACGAUUGGUGAAGUUACCUUAA